AAACAGGAGUCCGUAGAAACCUACAAUCUCAGUCUGUGAUCCGUUGGUUAGAGCCUUCGGUUAUAGAGACGUAAACAUGGUGUCCGCUGCGGUUCUCUGUCUUUUAACGCUGGUUUAUAUCUGUGGAGAAGCUGCUGCAGAAAGACAACUAGUUUAUGUGACUGUGUUGUUUCGGCACGGCGACAGGUCACCAAUCAAAGCCUAUCCUACCGACCCUUACCAAGAGAGCAGCUGGCCUCAAGGCUUUGGACAGCUGACACAGGAUGGGAUGAGGCAGCACUUAGACCUGGGCCAGUUCCUGAGGAAUCGCUACAAAGGAUUCCUUAACGAAUCCUACGACAGACACGAGAUCUUGGUUCGCAGUACAGACUAUGAUCGCACCCUGAUGAGCGCUGAGGCCAACCUUGCAGGUCUCUACCCCCCCGCUGGUCAGCAGGUCUUCACAAAAACCUUGCAGUGGCAGCCGAUACCUGUACACACGGUACCACCAAGUGAAGAGAGGCUUCUCUCUUUUCCUCUGCGUGACUGUCCUCGCUACGAACAGCUGAUGAACGAAACUGAACACACCAAGAUAUUUAUUAAUUACACCACUACGUACAAGGAUGUUAUAGAGCUGGUAAGGAAAAAAACAGGACUGAAUAAGACGACUGUGGAAUCCGUCUGGAGCGUUUACGACACACUCUUCUGUGAGUCCUGUCACAACCUCACAGCUCCCGAAUGGGUGACUCCCGAUGUUAUGAAGAUGCUCCAAGACCUCAAAGAUUUUGGAUUUCGGGUCCUGUUCGGGGUCCACGAACAACGAGAAAAGAGCCGGCUGCAGGGAGGUAUGCUGUUGGGUGAAAUAGUGAAGAAUCUUUCCAAGAUGGCUGUCCCGGACCCAAAACAGAAACUGAAAUUGAUGAUGCUGUCAGCGCAUGACACCACUAUAGCUGCUCUUCAGACCAGCUUGGAUGUGUUCAGUGGGAGACAGCCGCCAUAUGCCUCCUGUCAGAUAUUUGAGCUGCACAGGGACGACAACGGCUCUGUUUCGGUGUCGCUGUUCUUCAGGAAUGACAGCACAGUGGAGCCGUUCCCUCAGCAGAUACCAGGCUGCUCCCUUGACUGCCCUCUAGAGGAGUUUGUGAGAAUUACAAAGCUCUCUAUUUCAGACGACCGGGACAAAGAGUGUCAAGUGCCUUCAGGAGGGCGAGAUAAAGAGGUGAUCAUCAGUCUGGCGGUGUCCGGCUGUCUGCUCCUCUUCAUCAUCAUCAUCCUCCUCGGCGUUAUUUGUUGGCAGAAGGAGCCAAUCAGCAACCGGGGGUACCGCCAUGUGGUCAACCAGGAAGUCGGAGAGGAAUCCUGACAGAAGCCUCUCCUCUCUCGGAGAUCGACCAGCCCGGCGUCCUGGGACAGCAGCGAUGACGAUGGACUUUGACCUUUUUGAUGGUUUCAGCAACACGUUCGGGACCCUCAAAUAAAUUGUUUUGUUAUUUUUAAACUGAGAGCUUUUGUCCAAAAUGACCAUGUUUGUGUUUGGUCAGAGAGAGGAAUUUAAGAAAUAUUUUGACUUCAGAUUUUAGAGAAAAACUGUUUCGUCAUCGCUCUAAACUAACUUGAUGAGUGAGAUAUUGUCGGAGGGACCAGGACUGAUUUCUACAGCGGGGAAAACCUUUUGUGUUUUAACACUUUGUGAGCUAAAGUAACUGCUGUGUGGUCCGAUCUCCAAUCAGUUCUUAAAAAAAAGAUCUUUAUCUUUUUUAAUGGGCAGAAUACAUUUGUUUUGUAAGUCCAUGUGUAUUCAUGCUUUGCGUGUAUAGUAUGUGCGUUGACUCGGAGGCCUAAUGACCAAGAUGCCUUAAAUAUUUUGAAUACGGAGUGUUUUAUUUUGUUCUGAUGCGUCACAUCAUUUUGUAGGAUUUCAAGUUUUUGAUUUGAACUUCUUCAGAUAGGUGCGUUUGAUUUAUCAAAGGAGCAGCAGGGUGCUUCUCGCCCAGAGAGAGAUGGCUUAAAGGGAUAGUUCGGGUGUUUUGAAGAGUGGUACGAGGUAUUUACCUGUAAAUAAUACACUGACUAUGGAUACGUACCACUUCAAAACACCCAAACUAUCCCUUUAAGGCUCAUGACAGCAAGCAUCACCCUCCGAGUGUCCUUUAGAAAGACACUAAAACACCAGCAAAUAAAAUAUCUUUUGGAUGUCUACAAGAAUCAAAUCGCUCUUGUGAUCAUGUAAACCAACUUUGUACAGAUGGAGCUUAAAACAGAAUAUGAUUUUUUAUUGUGAAUAUCUUUGGAAACACUGGAAACCUUGUUUGUUUUUUAAUAUGGCUGACUUUGAAUUAUUUGAAAAAUAAAAUGUUUUAUCUUUGAAACUAUCAUUUAAAAUGCAGAUAUUAGAUGCUUUUCCUCAAGAGAUAUUAUGAAAAACCAUAAACUGUGUUGGCUAAAUAAAACUUAAAAGGGUCACACCCUGGCUUUUAUAUAACAGGUGAUGAAAUGAUGGGUCUUUGGUUAGAAAACAGAAAAGAAAAUCUAAUAUAUUACAAAUAAUCCUAAUGCAGCCUUGACUAGGAUCUUGUUUUUCUUCAAGUCAGCACUUUGAUUUAAUUUGCACAUUGUCAAAAUCAUCAUUGUAACUGCAGUUACGUCAAAGAUGGAGAACACAUGAUCUUUGUUGAAAAAUCAACACAUUUCAAUAUUCAAUUAAAUAAAGCUUAUUUGUCUGUAUUGUGUGGCUCCACUCUAAGCUGUCAUUCAAAUGUUCUUUCAUGCUGUAUGAAAUAAUUCAUCAGCCUGAGAAUGUGUUGUAAAUGGGUUUCUCUCUCUGAAAAAUAAACAAUCAAUGUGAAU